AUGAUACGACGUCACGCUCCACCGGAAUGCGUCGAAGCUCACCAGCAAAUAACCAGCCUAAUAGAUAACGUCUACGAAAGCGGUAAUGAAGCGGCACUAUUCCAGCUUAAGGCUGCCUUCAACGUCUCGCAGUCGUCGACAUAUCCUGACCUAGCAUUCCUUCUGACCAGUCCGUUGUCGGCGUGGAAUCAGGUCUGGCAUAGAAAGCCUUUCCCUUUCACUGGUUCUUACUGUGACCCCAUAACCUCCCAAGCCUCGCAUUAUCCUACAACCGAAACCCUGCGCACAACGGCUCACUCGCUCCUUAGCUACGCUAAUAGGACCGCCACUGCCAACGCCACAGCCCUUUACUACCCGCUCCUCAAUUUCUUCUCCCACAUACGAGAAAGCUCUACCUACUGCGCGGGGAGAUCUGUUCACGAUUGGCUAUCGCUGGGCCGUCCUUCCCCAUACGGCUGGCUCACCCGUACCGAAUCCGGCGGUUUGGCGAUGGGCUAUACGCUGGGCUCGGAGGGCCAUCCGCACCUGCCGCCCAUGGCCUCCUGCAUGCUGUCGCCGGCGUACUUCCUCGACAGAUGCCACAGGGCGUACAACAUCACAUACGAGCCGCAGCUCGUUUGGCUGAACAAGUACGGCGGGCCCAGCUUGUCGUAUCUCCGUCUAGCCGUCUCCACGGGCCAGCUGGACUACCACCGCGGCCUUGGUCCUCUGGCGGAAUUUCUGGAGAACGGAGACCCAAAUCCCAGGCUCGUCCGGAACAUCAACGACAAUGGCGACUAUAACAACGGGUCGUCGUCGUCGUCGUCGUCGAUCACCACGCCGCAGAUAAUCAUCCAGGGAGGCUUCCACGAGUGGGAUUUCCCAGGCCUAUUCCAGAACGAGACGGCUGUGGAGAUGCCCCUGGCCGUCCAGCGCGCGAAGACUAUCGAAGUCGAGGCCGUCAUGGCGUGGCUGACAGAGUGGAAUGUCACCCAUACCGAUAUCCAUGCAAUGUAG